AUUGGGGUUGGAUUUGCAUAUUUUGAGGGCUUGAAGAUGGAAUAUAAAGGCUCUCUGGUGCUAGUCGGAAACAGACGUGUUACGUGUUGUGAUUAAAAAGUUCGAAAUUUUAACUAAAUUUCUACACUCAAAAGUGAACCUUACCAAUCAGUCUUAAAGUCGUAUCAGUUAAAAAGUGAUUAAUCAGUUAAAGACCUUGUGUAGCUGUGAGACUUACGUGCCUGCGAGUGCGCAGCACCGCGCACCCCCGCGAGUAAAAAGAACCGCUGCUAUUUUUCGUCGCACUCUCGCAUCGCAACACACCUCGCUACGGCGACACAAUGAACCGGCAGAAAACGUCGCCUCGUACCAUGCUGAUAAGCGGUAGCGAGAGCGCUGGCGGAUCAGUACCAAACUUAUCCACUUUGGGUGAUAAUGAAUUUCAAGAAAACAUCACUCAGAGAAAACGCAAGGAGCGACCUGAAGUAACCGAUUACAAAGAGGAUUUCUCAAGCUUCCGUAACGAGAUGAUGACGUUCUUGCAAGAAUUCGGCAAAACCCAAAAUGAAAAUAUAAACCAUAUACGAGAAGAAAUGUCAGAGAUUAAAAAAGAAAUAAAAACCAUAAAAUCAGCCACAGAAAACUUUUCGAAACAAUUUGAACAAAUGAAAAAUGAAAUUGAAAACAUUAAAUCCAACAACAACAAAACUCAAGACAAAAUUAAUAUAAUAGAAAAGGAAAUAUCUCAUAUUAAAGGUCAACGAAACACAGAUGAAAGUUCAACAACUAAAUCGCCACUCUUAUGUAAUGAGAACCUUAUACUUGAGCUCAAAGACCGAUGUGACCGUGAGAAAAAUGUAAUUAUCGUGGGUAUAUCGGAAACAAACGACAAAAACCCCAACACAAGACGGAGCUACGAUAAAGAAGAAGUUAUGAAAUUAAUGAGGUCAUUGUAUGACGACUGUCCAACACCAAUUAAAACUAUUAGACUAGGAAAAUAUGUACCUAACAAGAACCGGCCGAUAAAAUGUUACUUUAAUACUACAGAUACCGCAAGACACCUUUUACGGAAUAAGAAAAAAAUGCCUGAGAAUAUGCAUAUUUACGCAGAUCAGACCCCAACACAAAUUAAGUAUUUACAACAAGUAAAGGAAGAGUUAAAUACACGAUUAGAAAAAGGUGAAAAAGAUCUUGUUAUCAAAUAUAUAAAAGGAUUGCCCACAAUCAUUGUAAACAAAACAAACCAAAAAAACCUAUAAACGUCUCGAUACAAAAGGCAAAAUAUACGAGUAGAUUAUGUCACCAAAUUGUACAAAAAUACGAAGACAUUCCAGUGCACCCAUCCUCACUAAGAUUCUUUUAUGCGAACUUGCGUAGUAUCCGGAAACCCGGCAAAUUCGACGAAAUAAAAUGCAUAUUAAAAUCGAUUCCGGCAACUACCCACGUAAUUGUAUUUACUGAGACAUGGAUUAGAUCGGAGAGUGACGCUAAAUUGUACCAAUUGCCAGGUUACAAACAUAUCUAUAACUAUAGAUCGACGCGUAAAGGCGGUGGCGUUUCGAUUUACGUACUCGAUAGCAUACAAUACGAUUUGACGGAAGAAUUAUACGAAGAUGAAAACCAUUAUUUAUGGAUACACAUAGAUAAACUUUCUUUAAACAUCGGCGCGAUAUAUAAACCUGGAGCAACUAAUGUAGACAACUUUUUAGAGAUCUAUUCCUCACAAUUAGAGCGAAGAAAUCGAACCAUCGUCUUCGGAGAUAUUAAUCUCGACCUACUUAAAACGGACAACGAUGCGACUCACUACAUAAAUGAAGUUAAAGAAAAUGGAUACGAAAUAUUGAAUAAAAUAGAUAGUUUAUACGGCACUCGCCAAACCAGUUCGACAAAUACUAUACUGGAUCAUAUAAGCACAAACAUAAGUAAUCACACAUUUAGUAUAUCAUUAAUUGAAUCGAGUAUGUCCGAUCAUAAACAUAUGUUCCUGGAAAUAGGCAAACUGGCACCACAAAUGAAUAAAAAAAUACAAUAUAAAGCUCCGGAUUACGACAAAGUAUAUAAUAGUGCCGUUAUAGCUAACUACAUAAAUGACCACAAUGACUAUUACUACUUAGAGAAAUUUAUUUUGUAACAGAUCAAUGCGAAUAAACAAGAGAAAACAAAAGUUUUGAACAAGCCUCAGGAAGACUGGAUAAACAGAGACAUCAUAAAUUCAAUAAAUUUACGUAACAGUUUGUGGCAACAAACUAAACAUCACCCGGACGACAUUAAUCUACGCAAAAAAUUCUAUGAAGAACGAAACAGAGUGAAAGCCCUUAUCAAUAAACAUAAGAAAAAAUAUUAUUA